UAUUAUAGGCUACUGAAGCAUUUCCGUCAAUUUCACUCCGUGCUCUCAUGGGUUGCAGGAUCAAGCGGGAGAGACAGUUCAUCGCUGAUUUUUCCCCCUGUUUCCUCACCUGGACUUCACCUCGUCAUAGGGGACUAGUGGACACUGUGAUUUUUUUUAAUGGAUUUACUUUUUGCGACGCUUUAUAGAAAAGAAAAGCCAUUAUAGGCGACUAUUUAUGCAUAUGCAAUUCCUAUACGAACUUAAAAUGUUUCUGUGGUACUCUGUAGUGAGUUAAUAGUGAGCUGCCUGGUGCUUAGUGUUUUCUAGCUGCUGUGGUAUAUACUAGAGAAUCUUUUGUGAUUUUGCUUUGCUUUUUGUGAAGUAGCUCGCCGAGAUAGUUUUUAGCUGUAAAGGUAAUUAAGUAGUGGAUGAUGGCAUCUGAAGUUAUCUUUUAUUCAUAAGUAGGCUAAACCUUGUAAGCAAGUCCAAUCAAGCAAUAUAGAGCCCUGGACAGUUUGCUCUGCAGAAAGUGCAAGGUGUAAAGAUGAACUCCCCCUCCAAGAGUGCUGACGACCAGAACGGAGGUAAGGAGGGUCCUUGCAAAUCAGAUGCAUCCAGGAACCGCAGCUGGAGCGGCCUCCACUUCUCAGGAUGGAGAUCCACCUCCCCGAAGACAAGCUACUCCAGUUCCGAGCCCUCCUCGAAGCCAGAGCAGGUCAGCGAUGUGACCUCGACUCUCUUCUCCCUGGUCCAGACGCACAACGACGACUACACGGCGGACCCCGACCGCUUGAAUGACCCCGACUUCAGUGAAUUGGUUGAGAAUGCUGAAAGUGUCGGCUUUUUCAACAGGCGGAUUGGCUCCUGGCUGCAGCCCGGGGUCAACAAGUUCUCCUUACGCAUGUUUGGCAGCCAUAAGGGUGUCGCUGCCGAGCAGGCUAGGGUUAAGUCCUUCAAGGUGUGGAUCAUUCACCCGUACAGUGACUUCAGGUUUUAUUGGGACAUUGUGAUGCUCUUCUUGAUGAUGAGCAACCUGAUUAUCCUGCCUUGGGGAAUCACCUUCUUUGAGGACCAGAACACCACACCUUGGAUCACCUUCAACGUCAUUUCUGACACCCUCUUCCUAAUGGACCUGGUGUUCAACUUCCGCACGGGUAUCCUUGGAGAGGACAGCCACGUCAUCCUGGACCCCAAGGAGAUACGCAUGCACUACCUCCAAUCCUGGUUCCUGGUGGACUUUGUUUCCUCCAUUCCUGUCGACUACAUCUUUCUCAUUGUUGACCUGGAGUCCAUCCUGGCAUCGUCUGAUGUGUACCGCACGGCCCGUGCCCUCCGCAUCGUACGCUUCACUAAGAUCCUCAGUCUGCUGCGCCUUCUCCGGCUCUCUCGUCUCAUCCGCUACAUCCACCAGUGGGAAGAGAUUUUCCAUAUGACCUAUGACCUGGCCAGUGCUGUGGUGCGUAUAGUCAACUUGAUUGGCAUGAUGCUGCUGCUGUGCCACUGGGAUGGCUGUAUGACUUUUCUGGUACCAAUGCUGCAAGACUUCCCCCCAGAAUGUUGGGUAUCCAAGACAAACUUGGUGAAUGGUACAUGGCACAUACAGUACUCCUAUGCAUUAUUCAUGGCCAUGAGCCACAUGCUGUGUAUAGGAUAUGGUGCCCACCCUCCAGAGGGCAUGAGCGAUGUUUGGCUCACUAUAACCAGCAUGAUAGUGGGGGCCACCUGCUACGCCAUGUUCCUGGGUCAUGCAACCAACCUGGUCCAGUCCUUGGAUGCAUCACGUCGCCAGUAUCAGGAAAAGUAUAAACAAGUGGAGCAGUACAUGUCAUUCCACAAACUGCCAGCAGACAUGAGGCAGAGGAUCCAUGAUUAUUAUGAGCAGCGAUUCCAAGGCAAGAUGUUCGAUGAGGACAGCAUCCUCGGAGAACUCAGCGAUCCACUCAAGGAGGAGAUUGUCAGCUAUAACUGCCGUGGGCUGGUGGCCAACAUGCCACUGUUCGCCAACACUGACCCUCAUUUUGUCACAGUCAUCUUGACAAAGCUCCAUUUUGAAGUCUUCCAACCCGGGGAUUUAGUUAUCCGGGAAGGAACGCUGGGUCGGAAAAUGUACUUCAUCCAACACGGCUGUGUCACUGUGCUUCCACGUGGCGGUAAGGAGGUUAAGCUCAGUGAUGGAUCGUAUUUUGGUGAGAUCUGCCUGCUGACACAAGGGCGACGCACGGCCUCGGUGAGAGCUGAGACCUAUUGCCGUCUAUACUCCCUAAGUGUGGACAGCUUCAAUGACGUCCUGGAAGAGCAUCCUCUGAUGAGGAGGGCCUUCGAAAGCGUGGCUGUGGACCGCUUGGACCGGAUUUCACGCAGACCCAGUUACGAAGCCCACUUCAAAGUACUCACUCCCGAAGCAUCUAGAGACGGGAAUAGGUGAUUCUAACUUGCGCCAGAACAGUGGAGGAUACCUCAUUUGUCACACUUUUAACCAAACUUGAUCAUCUAACAAAGAAGCCAUCGGUGGGAAUUUCACAGAUUGCUGCUGACUUUAAUGUUCAGAGAUGGACAACUUCAUGAAGGCCCCCCAACAUUAAUUAUCAUACAUUACAUUAUUGCUGCCCUUGAUUGAAAUCUUUGAGUCUGUAGUUGCUUGUUUUUCACUUUGUUACCUGAAACUAAAGAAACGUAUGUAGUUGUUUUGUGUGUUAGGACCGUUUCAUGACCCCUGUGCUCACAAAAAAAGAGUGAAAGAUUGUUGUCCAACACCAGCACUGGGCUCUCCAGAUGCAAUUGCUGCUAAGUUUACGUGGCCUAUAUGCUUCCUGUGGCUGCUCUAUCAUUACAGAACAGUGGAGGGACAUAAUAGCACCAGAUAUACCACAUACAGUAUUAUGUAGCACAGAUUCAAAUGAUAGUUCAGCUGUCUAGUCUGGAGAGGCUGAAAUAACAAUGUUUGCAGAUGAUAAGCUACAGUGAUGGAAGAUGCUGUAAAGCUACGUUAAUCUAACUAUGCAAACACAGAUUUUUACUGAUGUCAACACAUGUAUGGAUGCUACUACAUGGAUUUGUUUGCUAGACAAAGAUAGCCAGUUCAAGAGUUUAUUAAUAACCAUAGGAUCCAGGUUUAUCAAUACUUUAGGCACUCACUAUUCCUUGACUGAUUUACUUUUGUGCUGUUGGUAAUUUUACAAGCAUAUGUUUCGUAGGUUGCUGCUAAUUUAUAAUAGAAUAGUAGAAUAUCUUGCUUUUUUCUUAAAAAUCCAGCAUCACUUUGAGUACUGGCUCAGUGCACUGACAGAUGGUAGUGUUAUUUCUUUGUAACACAGUGCUUGGUUUCUACUUUUUUUUGCUUCACAAUAAAAAAAAUGAUUUCCCUGUUCAAAUAGGCUUGUCAACAAUAGAUUGAUAAUUAUCUGCACAAUAAUCCAGAUUGAGGGGAAAACAAUCACAACAUAGUCACCUUUUCCAGUGCUUUUGUGUGUUACUGUUUUAGUAUCUUUCCACGUGAGUAUUAUGUAGAUUGCUAGAGUGCAGUUCUUCAGGUAACUUUAGGGAAAGAAACCCCUUAUAAUAUUUGAAAAUAUGUCAUUCACUUUGGAAUAGACUCCCACUCUGUAUGAACAGUGUCACAAUAAUGUGAUUAUCAUUUUGUCAAGGAUGCUCGAUUUUAACCCAAGUACAUGUCAAAUGCUCAUAUCCCAUAUUGUUCCAUUGCUUUCACCCACUUUAAUUUUUGAAAUGAUCCUUCAAGUGACAACAUAUAUGAAAUAUGUAAUGUAAAAACAAUUGUUUCUACCCUGUUGAAAUGAAAUAUGUUUGUAUUUGUCUAUGUUUAACUGGUUUGUGUUUUAUUUCAAGGAGGUUUCUUUUUUUUUAAUGAUUUUUUUUUUUUUUUUAAAAUUAGUAUCAGGAUUUUAUUAGCUGAUUGAGAACAUCAGCUUCUCUUCUCGGGGUCACAACACAAAACAUAAAAUCAUGACAACAGAAAAGACAAUUACAGACAAAACAACCACAUGAAAUAAAAAUCAGAAACGUACUGUGUAACUAACAA